AUGGCAUUAGUCGUAGACGUUAUUGAUAAUACGCCUGGAUUUACGCUUGUAGGAGGUGACCGAGAUUUCUAUCAUAAAUCUGUGGUUUUCGCGAACAAAGGAUUGGAUAUGGAAGUGGUAGGGAGAGGUUUCACAAUCUACAAAACCAUGGAUGUCUCCGGAAACAAAUUCGAAGGAGGUAUUCCUGAAUCCAUCGGUUUACUUAAGGAACUGAUUAUCCUCAACAUGUCAAACAACGCUUUCACAGGCCAUAUUCCACCAUCUUUGCUUGAAGGUCCAAUACCAAAAGCCACUCAGAUUCAGAGCCAGAACAUUUCUUCUUUCGCAGAGAACCCCGGGCUUUGCGGUCCUCCUCUCCUAAAAAAAUGUGGUGGAGUAGAACAUGAUGAAGACGAUGAAGAAAAGGAAGAGAAAGAUCAGGUACUGAGCUGGAUUGCAGCUGCAGUAGGCUAUGUGCCUGGUUUGUUCUGUGGACUCACCAUUGCCUACAUAUUCACUUGA